GGAUAUCUGAAUCAGGUCCCCACGAUGGUUUUGACGGGCGCAGAGGUUGCCAAACACAACAGUAGCCAGUCGUGUUGGGUGAUUCUUCACGGCAAGGCCUACGACGUAACUGAGUUUCUUCCAGAGCACCCCGGCGGUACCAGAAUCAUCCUCAAAUAUGCCGGUAAAGAUGCCACGGAGGAGUUUGACCCGAUCCACCCACCCGAUACGCUCGACAAGUAUCUGGAAAAAUCCAAGCAUAUGGGCCCCGUCGAUAUGUCGACCGUAGCCCAGGUCCAGAAGGCAGCUGACCCAGAGGAGGAGGCAAGGUUGCGUAGGGUCGCUGAGAUACCGCUACUCGAGCAAUGUUACAACCUUCUCGACUUUGAGGCUGUUGCCCGCAGGAUAAUGAAGAAGACUGCAUGGGGUUACUACUCGAGUGCAGCAGAUGAUGAGAUUACAUUCCGCGAAAACCACACCGCCUUUCACAGGAUUUGGUUCAGACCCAAAGUACUCAUCGACGUUGAGCAUGUGGAUGUUUCCACCACGAUGCUCGGCUCAAAGACCGCCCUCCCCUUCUACGUCACCGCGACAGCCCUCGGGAAGCUUGGAAACCCCGAGGGAGAGGUCUGUUUAACAAAAGCAGCUGGCAAGCACAACGUUAUCCAGAUGAUUCCCACGCUGGCAUCCUGCUCCUUUGACGAGAUCAUGGAUGCAGCUGUGCCGGGACAGGUUCAGUGGCUGCAGUUGUAUGUGAACAAAGAUCGCGCAGUCACGAAGCGCAUUGUGCAGUAUGCGGAGAAAAGGGGUUGUAAAGGGCUCUUUAUCACGGUCGACGCGCCGCAACUCGGCCGGAGAGAAAAGGACAUGCGAUCCAAAUUCGAGGAUCCCGGGACCAACGUACAGCAAGGCCAGACCACCGACAACUCACAGGGCGCAGCACGUGCCAUAUCCAGCUUCAUCGAUCCGGCUUUGUCAUGGAAGGACCUGCCGUGGUUCCGCAGUAUUACCAAGAUGCCGAUCGUGCUCAAGGGCGUGCAAAGGGUCGAGGAUGUGCUCAAGGCCGUCGAAGCAGGUAUGGACGGCGUCAUUCUGUCCAACCACGGCGGUCGGCAGCUCGAAUUUGCUCGUUCGGGGAUUGAAAUCCUGGCCGAGACGAUGCCGGUUUUGCGCAGCAUGGGUCUCCAGGACAAGAUUGAGGUUUACCUCGACGGUGGAGUCCGCCGCGGGACGGACAUCAUCAAGGCCCUGUGCCUCGGGGCCAAAGGUGUUGGCAUCGGAAGACCGUUUCUCUACGCCAUGUCGGCGUACGGAGUCCAGGGCGUCGACAGAGCAAUGCAGCUACUCAAAGACGAGCUGGAGAUGAACAUGCGGCUCAUUGGCUGUACGAGCAUCGACCAGCUAUGCCCUUCGCUGGUUGACACCAAGAGCCUCACAUAUCAUGGAAACGGCACGCCGAUUGAUAACCUGUCCCACAGCAUCUACGACCCGCUGGCAAAUCCGCCCCAAAGAACUGGAGCAAAGUUGUGA